AUGGCGCUCACGUGCCCGGCGCCGAUCUCACAGAUUCCUAGUCGGCCUCCCAUCCGACCCGAGGGCUCGGCAUCCGAGCCGGGCAGCAGCCAAGGGGCUGCGAGGCCGCCUUCCUCGUGUGCGACAAGGUCCGGCCUCCCUGACCCGCCGGAGAACGAGGGCCAACAAGAAAGGCGGUCCUAUGUGGUGGAGUGGACGGUGUCCGAGGGCGACUCAGCCCUCGAGAAUAUCGAGACGGCGCGGCAACUUUUCCGCGUCGCGCUCCUUCCAGCCGACAAGGCGAAGAUUCAGGCCAUGAGCCUGAACCAAUUUUUGGAGUCGGCCCGCCUCUCCGCUGUUCAGCAUCUUCACGAGGUCGAGACGCUGAUCUCGCUUGGGGCGGAUUACAAAGAGCGGGCCCGUCGGAGUUCACGGGCUCUGGACGAGGCCGAGCGGAAGCUGGCGGAGCUCGAGCUCCACAAGAAGGAGCUCUUGCUCAGAGUGGGCGCCACUGAAGACGAAGUCAAGCUCCUAUCGAUGGCGCUCGAGGAGGAGAAGGCCGCUCAUACUCUGGCUAGAUCAGAGUUGCGGGCCGCCGAGGCUCGCCUGGCCGAGGCGCAAUCUCUGCUCGCCGUCCGCGAGCAGAGAGCAAAGGAAGCGGAGCAGAAGGCCGAGCGGCUCGAAGCUCAGGAAAAAGAGGCCCAAGAACGGGCUCAGAAUGCCGUCCGGCUCUUCCGAGAAUCGGAAGAGUUUCAAGAGCUGCUCGAGGAGGAAGCCGUGAACGGCCUUAUUCAAGGGUUCAACGACUUCUGCAAUCAACUGCGCCAGCUCUGCCCCGAUUUUGAUCUCAAUCUACUUCAGCCCGGAGCUGGAGUCGAGGGCCUCGGGGCGAAGUCGGACGAGACGACCGGAGAGGCAGCUCCGGAGGCCUCCGCGGAAGAGGCUGCUCGGGGAGCUACUCCCGAGGUCGCGCCCGAGGGCACUGAAGGCGGCGAGGUCGGGGCCACUGCCGAAGGAGGUCCGACGGCUGAGGCGAUCGAGGUCAUUGAAGUCGAGCCCGGAGAAAUCUCUGCUGAAGAUGCUACGGCUCCCGCCUCUUAA